AUGAAAGGCCCACCGGUGCGCCUUCACAUCAAGCCUGGAGUGACGCCAAAGUUCUUCAAGGCAAGAAAGGUACCCUACGCUCUGUUGGAUAAAGUUUCAGAGGCAUUAGAUCGACUCGUGGCAGCUGGGAUUAUAUCACCAGUGACGCACUCGGAAUGGGCUACGCCCAUUGUUCCAGUCUUAAAGAAAGACGGCACAGUUCGCAUUUGCGGUGACUUCAAGGUUACCUUGAACUUAGUAUGCGAGCUGGAACAAUACCCGCUGCCUCUUAUUGAGGAUAUUUUUGCACAAUUAGGUGGGGGGGAGCGGUUCAGCAUUUUGAAUUUGCGCGACGCCUACAACCAGAUCCUGCUAGACGAAGAGUCUCGCAAAUUGGCCGUGAUAAACACCCACAAGGGCCUCUUUGCUUCAAACCGCCUCCCGUUUGGGAUUGCUUCGGCACCGGCGAUAUUUCAAAGGCGGAUUGAAUCAAUCCUACAGGACUUGUCUGGGGUGCAAGCGUACCUAGAUGACGUGUUGAUAGCGGAAGAGGGUGACAGCGAAAACCGCAAUCUGAUGGCUGUGCUUGGGCCCUUCUGUGAACAUGGCAUUAAGCUUCGUGCUGAUAAGUGCCCGCGUUAG